AAGACAAAUAGUUGUAUUUCAUAAUUUCAUUUCCGCGUUUAAAAUCAUAAAACAUUUAGACACAACACUGAGUCUUUAAAACAAUUUAUCAAUUACGAUAAGCAUAUCAAUUUCUUAGGUAUUACGUAUAAUUGCAUUCUCAUGUGUCGCACGCGCUGACUUGUUUAUUGUGUAAAUUGAUUUUAUGAUCGUGUUAAAAUACGCAAAUUAAUUACUUUUGCUGUUAUAAAUAAAUAUAAUGUACCCUUCUUUGAUAAGAGUUAUUUCUGCAAUUUUAUUUAUUAGUUGCCUCUUUUCUCAAACAAAUGGCUUGGAUAGAAAGAUAUCAGCUCAUUUAAAUCCAGGAUGUCAAGGUUGUUCAUCAAAUACUACAACUCUAGUGUAUAUACGUGGUGAAGGAAAGUCUGAUGUCUUACAUCAGAUUUGGGACUUUACUAAGCACCUGCCCACUGUGUUGCUCUCUGUUGGAAGCCUAAAUACAUCAUUAAAUAUUCAGUGGGUUGAAAAUAAACCCAUAUAUUUUAAUUGGACUGAGAAGCCAUGGUAUACUUUUGCAGCCACUAUUGACAAAUUAUAUGAAUAUGAUGACAUACAUGACACUGGGUACAUAAACCCUCAGUAUCCUCAAAGGGAAUACAGUCUUAGCCGAAUUUCGUGGGAGCUUCAAGAGAGUAUAUUGACAAACAGUGAGGCUAUGGUGCAUGUGACAGGAAAAAUUCAUAACAGAAAUAAAAAUGAUGCUGUAAUUAGUAUUAAGCUGGAUCUUCUACCAUUUAAAGACUAUGCGGUGGAACUGCCCCACUUAAUACAUACAGCCAACUCAACACUUAUAGAUGUAAACUUGGUUAACCUAACAACCUCAUUCAAUGCCUCGAGAUACGCGCUCCACUUUGUCUUAGCUAGUACAGACAACCCAACUGAUACAAUGCACUAUAUAAUGCGCAAAAGUUUGGAUGAUGAACAUACACCUGGAGUCUUUGAGAUUAUAGAAAUAAAAACUCCAUCGCUCUAUGACAAUGAGGAAGGUGGAUACCUACAGUUUCGCCCUGUGAGCUACACGUCGCCAAAACGCAAUGUUGCCAGUUCAACCAUUGCGCACGUAUCUCAAUUUAACCGAACGAUGAUGCCGCGUGACAGCACGCUAAGCAUAUUCUUCAAAGAGUCCCAACAGAUGAUUCUAGUACAAGACAUGUUUGUCUCGUUCGGUGAAAGUGGGGAUGGAUACUACAAACAACAUAACUAUACUGCUUGGUCUUAUACAAUGGGCUAUGGCACACCGCCCGAAGAAGGAUUUUCUUUCUUCGUAAUCCUCAUUAUUUCCAUUGGCCUUGGAGUACCAAUAGUGUUGGCCCUCUCUGGUGUUGCGUUUGUGCUGUUCCGGAGGUAUAGGCAGACCAACACUCGUACGAGAUUCACCAAUGAGGACUGACUGAAGUAUCAGUUUGUGGUGCUAGACAUGGACGACGACGGUCUUUAGGCCGUGGUAAAAUGAUAUUGUUUAAUAGACUAAUUUUAUGACAAAACUAUAUUUCGUAUAAUAGAUACAUGCAGACAUCUAAUUAAAAAUCAUACAAUUCAUUAAACAAAAUUUUAAAAUAGAUUUUUAUUCCUAGUAUUGAAUACAGUUAGAAUUUGCUUAACUUUUGGUAGUAGGCUGUAUUAUGUUAAUGAUGCGAUGCAACGUAAUCUAUCUUUUUUGAGUUAAAAAUCCUACAGCACGGUAUGAAUAAGUUUGUUUCUAUGUCUAUAUAUAAAAAAUAUGUAAGAUAACCAUGUAUGUAAUUUGUAUUAUGUUAAACCAAAUCUAUUUAAUUAAGUAGGAAGUAAAUUUGAUAACUAGGGUUUAGAUCAUAGAUAAUAGACAAUUUAAAAGUUAUGGAAAUAUAUUCAUCUUCAGAAUUAUUAAGAUAUAAUAAACAUUAAGUAUUGUAAACCUAUUGUGAUAUAGAAAAAUCUCUAUUAUGAAAUCACAUAUUAAAUAAUGUUUCAUACUAUUUCCUUCUUAAUUUUCUCUCUUCUCAAAACCUGGGUGUUGAAUAGAUGUCUUAUCUUCACAAUGGUUCAAUUAACAAAUAAAUGCUGCAUGUAGUAACUCCAUGAAAUAUUAUAUCACACAAAAUAAAAAAACAAUAUUAUAGGGCCUAAUGCUGUUAAUUUUUUUAAGUAUGAUUGGCAUAGUGAUUAUAUGAAUUAUUUCGCAGUCAUAUUUGUGUUACAUAUAAAAAGCAGUAGAAUAAAAUAUAUCAUCAUCAACAUAAAAUGCGUAGAGAAACUAGACUGGCUCAUGUAGAAUGCAAGCAAUUUAUUGAGUGCCCUGUAAGAAUUCUUAAUAAUAAAAAAAAGCUGUUCAAGAAACAUAUUGUGUGUUUAAACAUUUGUACUAGACAUAUUUUAGGUGAAUUUGUAAAUAAUUUAUUAUGAUUAUGUAUUUUAUGAUUUUCGUAAAUAAAAUUGAUAAUAGAUUA